AUGGCACCGCACCUGACGGAGAAUCAAAUUCAAGACGCGGAAGAAUCAACAAGCGACGAUGGCGGAAGCACCUCGUCGAGUGUUCUGCCAGACUCAAAUAGUAGUGGGGCAAACAGUGCCGCUUCAGAGGUUAAGAAAAGACCAAGGUCGCAAGAUUCCGACGAUGGACCCCCGGUCAAGAGAAUGCUAUAUAACGAUGCCAUGGCGCAAAUGGGAAAUGCGUCCAAAGCCGAGCAAAGUAAGGCAUGGGACCUUAGUAAAUUGCGAUUCGACGAAUUGCGAUAUAUCGCGUCUCUGGCAAAACCUGCCUCGAUUCAGACGAACAAAGCAACUCAUACUGCUAUCGAAGUGCGUGUAAAGAAACCUGUACACUGCGACAUUGAUCUUGGAAAAGUCAGUCUAGUAAAAAGCAAGGACUUUGACUACCCUUCAUUUUGGCAAGAAAAUUUAGAGUAUAUUGAGCUAUGCUCUGAUGCCCUGAAUUUCGCAGUUUGCUGUCGUCUUGUAUAUGGAGAAGCUCCGUUACAGCAAUCGUAG